AUGGGCACGACAUUGGGUCAUAGAAGUCGUUGUGCCGGACAUUUGAGAGCUCCACCACAAUUCCAACGAAGCAGCACGCAGCAAAGAAGCACCGCCCCACGAAACACAACAGAAGUCAAGAUGUCGUCUGGAAAACCUCAAGGAAGCGGCGGUGGCCCCAAGAGACAGAGUGUGAUGCUUCAGCCUGCGGCAGGAGGAUCUCUGAUUCCUGAUUUUGUGGAUUCAGAAGAGGAAGAGGAACAAGGUCCUCCUCCUCCGCCACCGGCUGCCGCUGCUCCGGUUCAAGGGGGUCCUAUACCAGGCGUCUCAUCAACAGAAAUGGACCAAACGAGAGCAGGGGAUCCAAAUCAUCGUCCACUGGUGGGAGGUUUCGCAGCAGCGGCGUAUGAAGCCGCUCGUGCGCAUCAUUAUCGAGCCAAAGCAGCCCAGGAGAAAAAGCGGCAGUCGCAACAACGAAAGAAGGAGCAGGCUCACCACCGCUAG